AAAAGUGCCGAUCAACGGUGCGAUCUUCCAUCUUUCACUUUUCAACAUUCUGUCGACGUCCCCAUUACAGACACCUGAAAAUAAAUCCAUAGAAUUCAAACACCAACACAAUGAUCACCUGAAACAACCUCUCAAAUUGUAAAUGUAAUCUAACACCAAAUAAAAAUGAAGCUUUCAAUUUGUAUCCUCUUUUUCUCCCUCUAUUUCUUCUCUCUGCUUCCCUUCUCCAUUUCUAGAGGUGCCGAACUCGCCUCUCUUCCUCCGGGUUUGAUCAAUGGUAAUACUACUGAUUAUGAUGUUUCCUGGAGGCGGUUUUUAGCUGACGAUAAUCAAUCUCCAAACAGUGUUGAUAAGGGACGUGGGUAUUUAACCAACUCUGAUCUUGAGAAGGUUGUGAAGGAAUUCGGUAAAAGAUGCAGUAAUAUUUCUAGGAUUUAUAGUAUCGGAAAGAGUGUGAAUGGCAUUCCGCUGUGGGUUAUUGAGAUCUCUGAUAAGCCUGGAGAGGAAGAGCCUGAACCUGCAUUCAAGUAUAUUGGAAAUGUGCAUGGAGAUGAACCUGUAGGUCGUGAACUUUUGAUCCGUCUUGCUAACUGGAUUUGUGAUAACCAUGUGAAGGAUCCGUUGGUCCGAAUGAUAGUAGAAAGUGUUCACCUUCAUAUUCUUCCAUCAAUGAAUCCUGAUGGAUUUUCAUUGAGGAGACGUGGCAAUGCAAACAAUGUCGAUCUAAAUCGAGAUUUUCCUGACCAGUUCUUUCUCAUGAAUAACAACGUAGACGUGCGUCAACCUGAAACAAAAGCAAUUAUGAACUGGUUGAGAGAGAUACAUUUCACAGCAUCUGCCACUUUGCAUGGGGGUGCACUUGUUGCAAAUUAUCCAUGGGAUGGUACAGAGGAUAAACGGAAAUAUUACUAUUCAUGUCCUGAUGAUGACACAUUUCGAUUCAUGGCAAGCAUAUACAGCAAUUCUCAUCAUAACAUGUCUUUGAGCAAAGAAUUUCCUGGGGGAAUUACAAAUGGAGCAUCUUGGUAUCCAAUUUAUGGUGGAAUGCAAGACUGGAACUAUAUACAUGCUGGCUGUUUUGAAUUGACCUUAGAGGUCAGUGACAUCAAAUGGCCUAACGCCGAUGAGCUUCCUAUACUUUGGGAGUACAACAAGAUGAGUUUACUAAACCUUGUUGCUAGUCUUGUCAAGACAGGAAUACAUGGACGUCUCUUUUCAUCUGAUAGAGGGAGGCCACUACCAGGCUCUAUCAUAAUAAAGGGAAUAAAUUAUACGGUUAAAGCUGGCAGAGGAUUAGGUAAUUACCAUCGCUUGCUUACCCCCGGAGAAAGAUAUGAAGUAACGGCCUCAAUGCCUGGGUACAAGUCAAAAACCACAUGCAUCUCGUCGGGAGAAGCUGCCAUGACUUUAGAUUUUAUUCUUGAUCCAGAUGUCACUUCUGAAGGGGCUCGAAAUAGUAUAUACGAAUGCAGUUGCAAGGCCAAGAGUGGACUUGAAGUUUUUGGGGAAGUUCACUUGGAACUGUAUAUUAUUUUGAUUAUCGUCUUAGCAUUUUUGUGCUUUUUAUUAGUAAGGAGAAUGAAACUUAACUUUUUAAAUCAUAGACAGAUACCGAAAAAGUCAAUUCAGGCAUGAGGCAUGGACUUUGAACUUGUAUAAACCUUCCGCUAAAAAAAACUCGUAGAAACUUAAAUUGUAUACAUCACACUAAAAAUAUACACUUUUUCGUCAUUUGCUUA